AAGGGAGGGAGGGAAGGAAGGAGAGAGGGAGGGAAGAAGGAAGGAAGCAAGGGAGGUGAGGUGAGGUGCCGCCAGCCGCCUUGUCGCUUUGCUUUCCGCAGCCGGCGCGGAGGAGGGGACAGCCCUCGGCAGGCGUCCCGGCAUGCUGAAAGUCACCAUGCCCUCCUCCUCUUCCUCCUCCUCCUCCUCAUCCUCCUCCUCAUCCUCCUCCUCCGGCUCCUCGGCCGCCGGCCGCCCCGGGUCUGCCGCCCCCGACUACUGGAUCGACGGCUCCAACAAGGACACCCUGGCCCACUACUUCGAGCUGGAGUCGGAGCUGGGACGUGGGGCUACAUCCAUUGUCUACAGAUGCAGGCAGAAAGGGACCCAGAAACCUUACGCCGUCAAAAUGUUGAAGAAGACAGUAGACAAGAAAAUUGUCCGCACAGAAAUUGGAGUUCUGCUUCGCCUUUCGCAUCCAAACAUUAUAAAACUGAAGGAGAUAUUUGAGACCCCCACAGAAAUCAGUCUUGUUCUGGAAUUGGUCACAGGUGGAGAGCUGUUUGACAGGAUUGUGGAAAAGGGUUACUAUAGUGAACGAGAUGCUGCUGACGCUGUUAAACAAAUCCUGGAGGCGGUUGCUUACUUGCAUGCAAAUGGGAUUGUGCAUCGUGACUUGAAGCCAGAAAAUCUACUCUAUGCAACGCCAGCACCAGAUGCACCGCUAAAAAUCGCUGACUUUGGACUUUCCAAAAUUGUGGAAGAUCAGGUGACCAUGAAGACAGUUUGCGGAACUCCAGGGUACUGUGCACCAGAGAUACUACGGGGAUGUGCCUAUGGCCCCGAGGUGGACAUGUGGUCUCUGGGGAUUAUCACCUAUAUCCUACUUUGUGGCUUUGAACCAUUUUAUGAUGAAAGGGGAGAUCAGUACAUGUUUAAGAGAAUCCUGAACUGUGAAUAUGACUUUGUGUCCCCCUGGUGGGAUGAUGUCUCUCUGAACGCCAAGGAUUUAGUUAAAAAGUUGAUUGUUUUAGACCCCAAGAAGCGUCUCACCACUCUACAGGCUUUGCAGCACCCAUGGGUCACAGGGAAGGCAGCAAACUUCGCACAUAUGGACAAUGCACAAAAGAAACUUCAAGAGUUCAAUGCCCGGCGUAAACUUAAGGCUGCAGUAAAAGCUGUGGUGGCGUCGACUCGCCUCGGCAGCGCCAGCGGUCACAGCGCCCACGACAGCAACAAGCCCAGCCGUAACCCAUCUCCCGUCCAUGAUGGCAAACCCGAAGAGAAACCCACUCAGGAAGCAGAAGCAGCUCCAGAAGAAAUGUCUUAGGUCGAUGGGCUUCCUUGUUUCAGCUGAGAAUACGUCAUUUCAUACACCAGCUAACUUGUCAUUCAGCAAGAGAGAUUCGUAAGCUUGGCCUCUCUGGUUCUGCUUUGGGGUGCCAAAUGCACUGGCUGGUGAUCCUACCUUCAAUGCAUGUGACUGCUUAUGAAAAUAGUAAACUGUUCCAUAAGGCAUGUCAUGGAAACAGUGUUAUUUGCAGUAAUACCGGCAGGUGAAAACAUGGGGAUAAAUAACUACCUACCAUAAUGCGUAUGCUUUAUAUACAUCUAUCCAGUGUUUCUAGAUGGCAUUUGAAACAAAAUACUAUUUAGUUUGGUUUUAUGGAAGUAGGUGUCUUCUGUAUGUCGUGAGUUUCUUUGAACUGAUUCCUUUCAGAUUCAUAGUGCUGCAGCAGACGAAAUGGAAGGAAAUACCAAGCCAAUGCUUUUAAAACUGAUGUACGAGAUAAUGCUUUUUAUCUGUAAAACUCAAAAAGUAUUUGGGGAUUUAUAUGCAAAAAACAUUCCACUACUUCUGGGAAGAAAUUGAAAUGUUAGUUCCACUAGGCAUGAAAAUGUAUGUUCCUCAAGCUUGUGUUGAGAAUGCCUUAUUCUGAAUUUUCCUGUUUAUAUACAGUAUUUUAAUGACAACCAAAAUCACUCAGUUUUCUGCCAUUUCAUUCUCUAGUAAAGAGUUAGCAAAACAAAACAAUAGACUAAAAGAGGGUUAGAGUAGAUGCAAAUUUUUGAAAUACCAUUAUAUUUAUUCAUUAAUUUCUAAACUGUGCAGCUAGAAGAUGUUUUUCUAGGGCCUAAGGGAAUAAUCUGCAAUUAUACAAGUUGUAAAUGCUUGAAGGAAGCUAUUCCACAACUUAAUGAUUUUGCUCUGGGGAAACACUCUUAUACAAGGUCUGGGAGCAAAUAGUAUACUCUAGUUGCUUCCUGGGUAGUUUAACCGUAUGAGUAACCAGUUUCCACUUGUCAGCAUAAUUAGUCCAGAUUUUCCUAACAAGGACCGCUCCUGCAAAGUGAUCCACCAGCACAGAUCUUGCAUCCACUCAGAGCUCCUCUGUCUUAAGUUAAAAGCUGUGUGCAUGGACCAGCUUGCAAAAGUAGGAUCAGGCUCUUCACCUGUCUUGAUUUUUUCAUUGAAUGUAAUUGAUAGGAAUUGAAAAACUUACAUGCAUCAGUGUGUCUGACCGUUUACAUUUGUUUGUUAUCACUUUGAUAGCACGUGAAUUUCGUAAUGUUAUUGAUAUAUUACAGAAAUGGCAAAAAGACCUAAUGUACAACAAUGUCAUUUGUGUUUGUUAAACUUUUUAAUACUGAUAGUUACCUAAGACCCUAAUACACUCAGUAUUCCUCUAUUGCUUUAGUUGUUUUCAUGUUAAGUUAGGCCUUGCACAACUUGCCUUGAAAAAUAUAUCAGCUACUGAAAGAACAAGUCAUUAAUAAAACAUUCAGUAGCUACCUUUUCUGGUGAAAUUAAAAGGUAAUGCAAUGUUAUUCAUAUGGUAGGUUUGAUAAAUAAAAUGUAAUCUAGAUUAAUAUAAAAAGGAAGAUUAAAGAUACUGUCUUUACUAGGUGAGAAUGCAUGCUAAUGAAAUGUACUGUACUUGAGAUUUUUUUUAUCUGUUUCUUACAACUCUUUGAGCUUGUACAAAAAGGUUUGCUAAUUAAGCACGGUUGAAAUUUAAAGUACAUUCACCCAUCCUUUUCCCAGGUGACACACUUUGAGGUCAGUUGAAAGAGCUGGUGGGGGCAUGGCAGCUGUGAACAGGUCAAGACACUUUUGAAGAUUUUCCCUUGAAAACAAGUACAGUAGGACUGAUCCCUUCGGGGAAGGUGAUAGGUACACCCACCUGUCUCACUUUUUUCCUACCUUUCUUAUCUCCUGCGAGGGGACUGCAGGACGGAUGCAUUUCUCAGCCACAGGUCUCUCCCUGGUUACAGCGGUGAAGCCAUCCGAGUUCGGUCGGUGGGGAGGUUGGAAGGGAGAGGGUGGGAUUUCUGUAACUAUUCCUCCUGCAUUUGGGAUGCUUGCUUCUAAUCUGCAGGAGUGGAGCCAGCUGCACAGUCAUUGUGCAUCUAUGAGUGCUUGAGCAGGAAUAUCUUCGUCUGAGGCACGGUGUUUGUUGAGCUGGAAAGUAGUGCCAGCUGAUUGCUAAAGUUAUCCCUUGCUGAAUUAUACCAUAGCAUAUCAUGAACAGGAGCUGAUGCCAUGCAUAGACCUCCUAUGACAGCACGAUCUCGGAGGCAGCUCUGUCUUGUGCAUAAAGGCUCUGGGGCUUCAGUUUAGCUUAUUUUUCUUUUAUUAUGCUCAAUAUGAAACAACCAGGAUACCUGUGCUGAACGAAUCACCAGUAGGUGACUCAGUAAAGUAGUAUGUCUGGCUUAUGUCUGACAGUACUAUACAGAAGGCAGAGCAGCGCUAGGAUGUACGCAUGUAAGCGAAGAAAGGAGUGUUACGUGCAUUGUUUUUCUCUGAAAAAUUACAUCCCAAUGGCAUCUGCCAUAAUUCAGACUUGGGAGUAGAACACCAGUGUCUUACCGUGGCUGAAAUAUAUGAACACACCAGAAAACUAGUGGAGGUGGACCAGUUCCACAACUAAGUAGAAGAUUACUGAUGCUCUUUUCUGUUGAAAUCCUAGGCUUUAGGUUUUUUAAAGUGUUCAACAUAUUAGCAAAAUCCUUCAACUACAAAAGGGGGAACCUUGCCAUCGUUUUGAAGUAUUUGAACGUAGCAAAAUUUUUCCUUACAGGCAGAUUGUAGUAUUUGCCAAUGAAAGUCUGAUAUUUAAGAGCUAGGCUGAGGACCUGAUGGCUGUUAAAUGGCUAACGAUUUCCUGCCUUUGCACAACAACAGGGUUUUUUUGCAAGUUCAGAGCGAUUCACUCCAAAACACAGCAGAUUUGUGGUCAUUUGGAAGACUUUUGCUUGUGAUCUUGCAGGGGGCAGGGGGGACUGCACUGCAUGAGCCCGGUGCUGGUUGGUUCCCUGAAGCUUGUGCUUUGCUUUGUAAAGACGCAGACGCACACACUGUCAUCAAACUUUUGAAUGCAAAGAGCAUCCAGGCAAAAGUUUGUGAUAACGGUGUGUGCUGCGGAAGAAGGGUACUCAGGGGUCUGUCGGGCUGUCGGGCACCUGGAGAGGAGGGACAGAAAUUGCCCAAUAUCUCCUUUGUGAGGACCCCAUGCCUCGGUGAAUAAAGCACAGCGCUCUGAAAAGCCAUGUGGUGCUAGAGGGGGAUAAAAGCGGCAACCAAAAAGUUUUUGGAAGGGGCUCAGAAGAGCCAGGAGUCCCAGGCCGGAGGCUCACAGGCAUUGGGGCCAUUGCCAGAUAAAGAUCCUUCUCCUAGACCUCAUGCUGCAGGUGAAACACAGACGCAGCUGGCAGCUGUGAAGGGGAAGGGAGAGCAGCACCGCAUUGUGGGAAGCAGGGAAAGGGCAGAAGAUGCUGGGGGUUGUCAGUGUCCAGCUGAGCAGAGGGGUAGCAGUGUCUGCUAAGCCGCCAAUACAGGAGGAACUCUGGAGAAUAAACACCCAUCUCCAAAUAACGAUGGGUGACUGUCCCUCGGCUCCCGCACACAUCCUGGGGCGUGCUGUUCCCCAGAUCCCUGACGUGCAGCUCCCGAGGCCCUGUUUUUUUCAGCGUGGCACAUGAAGGUGUCGGGUGGAGGGCUGCCAGCAGCUCCUGGCACGGUGUCCUGCGCGGUGCCUGCUGAUGGAGUGAUGGACACUCACGAGCCUCAGCGCCGUGCCUUGGCCCCUGGCUUGUGCAGAGGCUGUGCACUUCUCCUGGUGAGGAGCUCAGUUUUGUGUGUCUGAGCCUACCUUGUUGCUGCUCAGGUUAUGAGUGUGUAGCUCAUGAGGGCAUGGCGUUCAGGUAAUGAAAAAUAUCUUCUUAUAUGGGAGAGAAGCAGGAAUGAAGCUAACCAAGCAAGAUGCAGAGUUAGACCUAGAGGGGAUACAAGCAAGUCCUGGAGAUACCAAAGUUAAACAAAGAGACAGUUCAGAACACCCUUAAAGUUACUUUAUAAAACAGUAACAGCUCAAAGAAUGUCCUUUCCUCCCUUCCAGAGUAAUUUCAGUUAGAACAUAGAACCACAACAGUGAUUUGUAAAAGAACUUUGGUGUCCCUGAUAAGCCCCUGCACAAUACCACGCUGCAUGUUGCAACAAAACCCAUCAGCUCCAUUGCAAAAUAAGAAGAAAAUAAAAUUGUAAGGAAGGAAGAGGAGAAAAAUAAGAAGAAAAUAAUUACAUAGUCUAGUUAUAUCUAGAAUGUAAGGAUCUGAAUUCCAGAAGAUGUAUAAACUUUUACGGACAGUACUCUAGAUUCUCAAUAUAAGCAAAAUUUUGCUUUAUGUCUGGGAAGUAAAACUUCUGGCCGUUGUAAUUCAGUGAAGGAGGGUCAGUGGAAAUAUGGACAGCAUCCCUUGGAGAGUGAAUCUUUUAACUUACAAGGAUGGAAUGAAGUACAUGCAUAUAACUAAAAAUCCAGCAAAACCAAAAAAACCUCCAACCCCUACAUCACAUGCUCUUCUGCCUCUCCAGAGUGGAAGAGAGAACAUGCACACAAUCAUGAACGUAGUCAUUACUGGAAUGCAUUCAGGUAUUUUGGGGAUAGGUGUAGUACAGAAGCAGGAACAGAAUGGAAUCGUCAAAGUAACGCAAUUCUGAACUUAUCAAUAAAAUUAUAUAUAUAUUUAAAAAAAUACAUGUACGCACACCCACAAAUAUAUAAAUAUAUGAAAAGAGAGACAGAGGCUGCUGAACAGUCUCUAAGAGCCAAGUCUGCAUCAACACUCGCACUAACAUCUUAAGCCAUCUUUUGCCAUGUUCCAGCAUUACUCAGCUGGAACUGAAACCUCAGUGUUUAACAUUCUUGUAUAGGUGGAUCAUCGCUGGAUAGAAUUCAGUGUAAUGGAUAUCAAGGUAUGAAAGAUUAUAAUAAAUACGGUGGUACAGAGUUUUCCCAGCUCUGGCUCCUUUAUACAAAGACAAAGUGCCCUUCGCCUUUCACAUGCACAGGACGUGGUCCAAAGUGGGGUGGCAACACAAGCACAGCAUCUUGUGGUGGGUGAGAACUGCCCUAAACUGCACCAGGGGCCCCUGCCAGGUGACAUUCCAUCCACAACACACGUGACCAAGAACUGACAAUCUAACCCUUAACCUGUGCAUCAGGAAGAUGCUUGGUGGCCAACGCACGUUAAAACGGCAUGUGUUCGCUUCUCUUAAGUAGCACAGAGCUCCUCCCACAGUUACAACUAAGUUUUUUUCUGUUCGCCUGAGAAAUUGCAGCAUUGCAGAGCGUUAUACCAUGAUACAUAAAGAGCAAAGCUUAAAAUAAAGGGAUCUUUUUCUUUUUUUUUUUUCCAUUUGAAACUGGGUUUCAAGAACAAGCGUUAAAAUGCAUUCGUGGCCAAACGGCUGGUUGUUUUUCUUCCCCUUUAUGCUUCAUCUUUUUUCCUGGCCCUGGACUGCAUGAGGCACCCAGGAAGAGCUGUCAGCUGCCAGUCAGUGGGAGAAGAGCCAUCUGACGCUUGGCAGGUUUCAGCUGCGCUGCCCGGACAAAUCUGCUGUUGCCCUUGGGUCUGUCAGAUGGUUUCGCUCCUGCUCAUUGAGUUGCUUGUGUUCCCAAAAGAGUCUGGGUCUUACUGGUCAGGUAUAAAUAUGUUCCUCCAUGAACCACCCUUGGUGUCAUUUGUCAUUGCCAGUUAGUACCCAGGGAGAGGUGUUGCUCCUUUCCCUCCCCGUUUCCUAGACUCAUGCUGUUUUCUGGCACCUUCCAUUUCCUUUCUCAAGAGCCUGUAUCUGGCUGACAGAAAUAGCCCAGUGCUGUGAAACGAAUGCCAGACAGAACCAGAAAAUAAUUCUGCUGCUUGAGUUAGUUUCCUGAUAGAAGAUGGAGGUGCCUGGGAUGCUGUAGAUGCAUUGCUGUAAGAGCUGCUGACGCUUGGAAUGAGGGGUUUGGAACAAAGGGACAGAAGAACAGCACCAAGCCACGUUCUGCUCCUCAGCACGGGGAAGCUCCUUCAUCAACAGCACCUUUUUCCUUCUAUGAGGGUGUGGUCAAUCAGAAGAAGUACAUCAGGCUUAGGAACUCUGAAAAAUAUCAUGUAUGCUAUGACUAAUGAUCUUCUUAAUACCAUUUACUUAAUACUGGCUGGUAUAUAUAAUGCCAUAUUUUAUGCAGCAUUGCCACUUACAGUGUUGGCAGAAGAAACAGUGAAGUCAGUUCAUAACCCCUCCCAGACCAAUUUGACCUGGACCUUACACCUUGGUCCCAUGUGUUGCCAGGAACUCUAAAUAAUGAUUUACUUUAUAAUACAAAACUGCGUGGAGCCAAUCAUUUCAUCUGCCUAUGUACACACAGAGAAAGUCAUAUCACAGAGAAAAAAACUGUAACUCUUAUCCCCAAAUUGGGUGGAUUCGGGAUGGCUCUCCUAAUCAAAAUUACUGUGGGGUGGAUUUUAGGCAGUUUUUCUGGUAACUCAAAAGCUGAGGCAACCCAUUGGGUAUGAUUUACAGCUGCAUGUGACGUGUGACCUACCCCAGACACAAUAUGCCCCAGUAGCCACUGAAUCAUAUUUAUUCAUCCACAGAGCUGUGUGUAGGGGUCUGUUUUAUCAUGGCAGGCCUCGGUAUCAUCUGUCACGUCCUUUUGAGCUGCUCUUUCCAAAAGAAAACUUUUUCAUUAAUCUAGGAAAUUUAAAUUAAUUGUCCACAAAGUCAACAGUUGUUCAUCUAUGUCUCCUUCACACUGCAGCCCCAAGGGAGGCUGGCUUCCAACCCCUGCCAAAGCAGUCAUGUUGGGCACCAAAUUAGUUGUGAUGAGGUUGUGAUGAGUUCAUUUAACCCUGCCUCAGGAAUUCUCUCUCUCUCACCCCGCCCCGGACAAGCCAGAGGAGCUGUAGGUUUUGCAAAGGUCCAGUGGUCAAAUUGCCAUACUUAACUAACCAAACAGGGUGUAUGAAGACUAAAGUGCAAAGACCCAUGGCUGUUUGAAAGCCAUGAAUCUGAGACAUUGCCGUUAAGCUCCAUCCUACACUUCUGCUUGAAGUUAACCAAAAUGAUUAGGCCCAUUUAAAUCAAGUGGCUUGGUCACAGCAAUAAAGGCACCUGUGUGAGGAUAUCUUGCAGAUUAAGACACAGUUUUUACAGACAUUAACCACAGAACCCUCCAAAUGUUAGCUCCGAAUAGCUGCAUUGCACUGUGAGAAACUGUAGCUACUAUACCUGCAAGAACCAGGGCAUCUAGGAAAAAACAGAUCCCAGGCAUGACUACGUUUCUUACAAAUCCAAACUUUACAUGAACGAGCACAACCACCACCACAAAUCUCUACUUCAAGUGAUAAACGCAGACAACAAAAACACCAGAGGAUUUUGCUACGGAGCACACCAAAGAUAGCUCCUUCUUAGCUUUCUCCAGACAAGGAAUAAGGUGAAAAGUGUCCAUAAGCGUUUUCUUCAAGGUCUCAGGUUCUCUGAUUUCUGUUAUUUUCCAGGCAUCAUCAUUAGCCGUGUUUCUGAGAAUAGGGCAUAUGCAUCCAGCGCCAGCCUUCUCUAGGUGGAAAAACCCCACCACUGACCCUACUUUUUGUUUGUAAGACAUCAAAGCUGUUUUGUUUGUACUAUUAAUAUGGCUCCCAGUCUCUUCCUCAGCUUGCUAUGGGGCCUGGAGUAGUCUUUAAUGGCAAAUAGGGGUUUGUCAAGAAACAUUUCAUUAAACCAAGCAAACCAACAGUAUGCAUAUUGAGAAUAUCUUUGAAGGAUAUUCUAAAUCCUGCUGCAGCAGGAUCUUCCUUGAGAAGUAUCUUCCUUGGGACUGAUAGUGACCCAUUGGACCCUGCAGAGGAUCCCAGGUUGGUGCCACCACCAACCUACUGCCCUCAACAUAGUGGUGUGUGCCUUGUUUGUUCUGCUCAAAUCUUUACUAUCUUGGCUGCAGGGAAACAGUAAUUACUAACUAAGAGAUUUUUGUACUGAAAGCAAUUAGAAACAAGAACAGUUAAACUACUAGCUGCUGAGAGCUAACCCCAGCUGUGUCUUCAUGCUAUUAUGCACAACAGGAAUCACUUCCUUCUUCACACCACAUGCCCAUGAGAAGUCAUGCUAAUGCUUCUGAUUAAAUAGCAGAAAUUUUAUUUAAUGUUCUCUAAAGGACAUUGUUUGGGGUUUGGUUGUUUUGGGUUUGUGUUUGGUUUUUUUUUUUCAGAAUACACAGUGUUGAGAGGCCUCUGCUUGUGAGAAAUUUAACUCUGAAGUUAUUAGGUGCUCAGGGAGAAGGAAAGAUGGAGAGGUGGAGGAUGAACUCUACUCCCUAAGACUAAGAUAAAAAGGACAGUCUUUCAGAACAGCAAGGGUGGCUUAUCCAGCUUGCGAGGGAGUGGGAGAAGAGAGGAAGAGUCACUGAGUCUGUCUCACCUGGAGGAAGCAGUUUGUUAGUCCCAAGGAUCUAUACCACCAUGCCCUUGCAAGCCUGGGAGGCACCAAGCAGAGUCCGGCUGGCUGCUCCAGACCCACAGUAAGGAGCUCAUCAGCUUAAGCUGGUUUUAACCUGAAGAAAUGGGAUACAUUAAGGGCUUGUGCCGUGCUGGGCCUUUGUUUGGAGGCUUCUGGUGGCUCUUGGCUUUGAGGCUGGAUGAGGACCAGACCAUAAGCAGGGAGUUUUGUGCUUCUGUUAAUUCAAGAGGAGUAUAUGCUGCAUGGUUAGGGUAUGUGCUGAUGCUUCCAAGACAAACAGACAAAUGGUGCUAUUGACUUGUAACACAAAGUACUUUAUAAGCCUGUUACAGAGGCUCAUUGAUCUCAGAGCAAUGGCGGCUGGACUCUUAAUAACAACAAUCAAAAACAUCAUGUAUCUACUAGACUCUCUCGAAUUAGCUCCGUGUCCUGUGUACCUGACUCCUUUUACUGCUUAAUGUGUAAGAAAUCCUCUACUGUCAACACUGUUUGCUUGUGCUAGCAAAGAUGUUAGCGACUAAAUAGAAAUUUAUGGACUGCUUGUUUACUUCAGACUAAGCCUGUUUAUGUAGUAACUUUUCUGUUACUGUGCAAAAGAACCAGAGAGAAAUUUGAACCAGAAAAAACGGUGGUUGUGUUGUUUCACUGUAUUGUGUUUGGGACCACUGUACCUGCUUGUGUGCUUGCAUGGAAAUGCUGAUAAGCCAUGAGAAUAUGCUUGCUUUAACGGUGGGAAGUCUAUUUUUAAUAAGUGGCUUGCAUGACUGAUCCGAUGCUAAAUAAACUAGUAAAUCUAGAAA